GAACAAAAGGGGGCACAGCUCCUAUUGUCACCAACACAGAGAGAACAUCCAGCCCUGGGAAUACAUCCUCUCUCUUGCUCUGCUUUUAUAUAGUAAUAAGCAUUCACCAUGGGUGAUGCAGCAAUGGCAGAUUUUGGGGCUGCUGCCUCAUACCUUCGGAAGUCUGAUAGGGAGCGUCUAGAGGCUCAGACCCGGAUUUUUGACAUCAAGACUGAAUGUUUUGUCCCUGACCCCCAAGAAGAGUUUGUGAAAGCCAAAAUUAUAAGCCGUGAAGGAGGGAAAGCUACGGCUGAAACUGUAAAUGGCAAGACGGUCACUGUGAAGGAUAUAGACAUUCACCAGCAGAACCCGCCCAAGUUUGAUAAAAUUGAAGACAUGGCGAUGCUGACUUUUCUGCACGAGCCAGCUGUGCUGUAUAACCUCAAAGAGCGCUAUGCAGCCUGGAUGAUCUAUACAUACUCAGGCCUGUUCUGUGUCACCGUGAACCCUUACAAGUGGCUCCCUGUGUAUAAUGCAGAGGUUGUGGCUGCUUAUCGUGGGAAGAAGAGGAGUGAAGCUCCACCUCAUAUCUUCUCCAUCUCUGACAAUGCAUAUCAGUACAUGCUGACAGAUCGUGAAAAUCAGUCAAUCCUGAUCACUGGAGAAUCUGGUGCUGGAAAGACUGUGAACACCAAGCGUGUCAUCCAGUACUUCGCUAGUAUAGCAGCUAUUGGAGGCAAAAAGGAUGCUGCUGGUGCAAACAAGGGAACUCUGGAAGAUCAAAUCAUCCAGGCCAACCCAGCACUUGAGGCUUUUGGAAAUGCCAAAACUCUUAGAAAUGACAACUCUUCUCGAUUUGGUAAAUUUAUCCGAAUCCACUUUGGUGCCUCUGGAAAAUUAGCAUCUGCUGACAUAGAGACCUACCUCCUGGAGAAAUCUCGAUGUAUCUUCCAGCUGAAAUCUGAAAGAAAUUAUCACAUUUACUACCAGAUCUUGUCUAACAAAAAGCCAGAGCUUUUGGACAUGAUGCUGGUCACCAACAACCCGUAUGACUAUUCCUUCAUCUCCCAAGGAGAAGUCACUGUCGCCUCAAUCGAUGAUGCAGAUGAGCUUAUGGCCACAGAUAAUGCUUUUGAUGUCCUGGGCUUUACUGCUGAGGAAAAGGCUGGUAUAUACAAGCUGACAGGAGCCAUCAUGCAUUCGGGGAACAUGAGGUUUAAGCAGAAGCAGAGAGAGGAGCAGGCAGAGCCAGAUGGAACUGAGGAGGCUGAUAAAGCUGCCUACCUUAUGGGCUUGAAUUCAGCUGACUUGCUGAAGGGCUUGUGUCAUCCCAGGGUCAAAGUGGGCAAUGAAUAUGUCACCAAGGGGCAAAAUGUCCAACAGGUAACUUACUCUAUUGGUGCACUGGCCAAGUCAGUGUACGAAAAGAUGUUCAUGUGGAUGGUGGUCAGAAUCAAUGCCACGUUGGAAACCAAACAGCCAAGACAAUAUUUUAUUGGAGUAUUGGACAUUGCGGGAUUCGAGAUCUUUGAUUUUAACAGUUUUGAGCAGCUCUGCAUUAACUUCACUAAUGAGAAGUUGCAGCAGUUCUUCAAUCACCACAUGUUUGUGCUGGAACAAGAAGAGUACAAGAAGGAAGGCAUCGAGUGGGAAUUUAUAGACUUUGGGAUGGACCUACAGGCCUGCAUUGAUCUCAUUGAGAAGCCAAUGGGCAUCAUGUCCAUCCUGGAAGAAGAAUGCAUGUUCCCAAAGGCCUCAGAUACAACUUUCAAGGCCAAACUAUAUGAUAAUCAUCUGGGAAAGUCCAAUAAUUUCCAGAAGCCCAGGAAUCCCAAGGGAAAGCCAGAGGCUCAUUUUGCCCUGGUUCACUAUGCCGGCACUGUGGACUAUAACAUCCUUGGUUGGCUGGAGAAAAACAAGGACCCACUUAAUGAGACUGUGGUGGGGUUGUACCAGAAGUCUGCUCUUAAACUACUGGCUCUGCUGUUUGCUAACUACGCCGCCUCUGAUGCAGAUGGUGGCGGCAAAGGAAAAGGAGGAAAAAAGAAAGGUUCUUCCUUCCAGACAGUAUCUGCUCUGCACAGGGAGAAUCUCAACAAGCUAAUGACCAACUUAAGGACCACUCAUCCUCACUUUGUACGCUGUAUUAUCCCUAAUGAGAGAAAAGCUCCAGGAGAGAUGGACAAUCCAUUGGUGAUGCAUCAAUUGCGUUGUAAUGGUGUACUGGAAGGUAUCAGAAUCUGCAGGAAGGGAUUCCCCAAUCGUAUCCUGUAUGGAGACUUCAGACAGCGUUACCGUAUCUUGAAUCCUGCCGCCAUACCUGAAGGUCAAUUCAUAGACAGCAAAAAAGGAGCAGAAAAACUUUUGGGAUCACUGGAAAUUGACCAUACUCAGUACAAAUUUGGGCACACUAAGGUAUUCUUUAAAGCUGGCUUGUUGGGUCUACUGGAGGAGAUGAGAGAUGAGAGGCUCUCCAGAAUUAUCACACGAAUACAAGCACAGUCCCGAGGAUUGCUAAUGAGAAGAGAGUUUAAAAAGAUUUUAGAACGCAGAGAUGCUCUCUUAGUGAUCCAAUGGAAUAUCCGCGCUUUUAUGGGUGUCAAGAAUUGGCCUUGGAUGAAACUUUACUUUAAAAUUAAGCCUUUAUUGAAGAGUGCAGAGACUGAGAAGGAAAUGGCAAACAUGAAAGAAGAGUUCCAAAGGCUAAAAGAUGCUCUGGAGAAAUCUGAUGCAAGACGCAAAGAGUUGGAAGAAAAGAUGGUUUCUCUACUGCAGGAGAAGAAUGAUCUGCAGCUUCAAGUCCAAUCGGAAUCUGACAAUCUAAAUGAUGCAGAGGAGCGUUGUGAGCAGCUUAUUAAAAACAAAAUUCAGCUGGAGGCCAAGUUAAAAGAACAGACAGAGAGGCUUGAAGAUGAGGAGGAAAUGAAUGCUGAGCUGACUGCUAAAAAGAGGAAGCUGGAGGAUGAGUGUUCCGAGCUUAAGAAAGAUAUUGAUGAUCUUGAGCUAACACUGGCCAAAGUGGAGAAAGAGAAACAUGCCACAGAGAAUAAAGUCAAAAACCUAACUGAGGAGAUGGCUGGUCUGGAUGAAAUUAUUGCUAAACUUACCAAAGAGAAGAAGGCUCUUCAAGAAGCCCAUCAACAAACUCUAGAUGAUCUCCAGGCAGAAGAGGAUAAGGUCAAUGUGCUAACUAAAGCUAAAGCAAAGCUGGAACAGCAGGUGGAUGAUCUAGAGGGAUCACUAGAACAAGAGAAAAAAAUAAGAAUGGAUCUAGAACGAGCUAAGAGAAAGUUGGAGGGUGAUCUGAAACUAACCCAGGAGAAUGUAAUGGAUCUGGAAAAUGACAAACAACAGCUGGAGGAAAAAUUGAAAAAGAAAGAGUUUGAAAUAGCACAACAAAAUACCAAGCUUGAGGAUGAACAGGUCAUGGGAAUGCAGUUCCAGAAAAAGAUAAAAGAGCUGCAGGCUCGUAUUGAAGAACUGGAGGAAGAAUUAGAAGCUGAACGGACAGCUCGAGCAAAAGUUGAGAAGCUUCGCUCUGACCUAUCACGAGAGUUGGAGGAGAUCAGUGAGCGCCUGGAGGAGGCCGGCGGAGCCACCUCUGUUCAGCUGGAGCUCAACAAGAAAAGAGAGGCUGAGUUCCUCAAACUCAGGAGAGACCUGGAGGAAUCCACUCUGCAUUCAGAGGCCACAGCUGCAGGUCUGAGGAAGAAGCAUGCAGACUCUGUGGCAGAGCUAAGUGAGCAGAUAGACAAUCUCCAGAGAGUCAAACAGAAGCUGGAGAAAGAGAAGAGCGAAUUCAAACUGGAAUUGGAUGAUGUAGCAUCCAACAUGGAACAGAUUGUGAGAGCCAAGGCCAAUCUAGAGAAAAUGUGCCGUACACUAGAGGACCAGAUGAAUGAGCAUAGAACCAAGUAUGAAGAAACUCAAAGAUCUCUAAAUGAAUUCAGCUCAAGUAAGGCAAAGCUCCAAACAGAGAAUGGAGAAUUGUCCCGCCGGUUGGAUGAGAAAGAGGCCUUAGUGUCACAGCUGACUCGUGGAAAACAGACGUAUUCCCAGCAGAUGGAAGAUCUUAAAAGACAAUUGGAAGAAGAGACUAAGGCUAAAAACGCCCUGGCCCAUGCCCUCCAGUCUGCUCGCCAUGACUGUGACCUCCUAAGGGAACAGUAUGAAGAAGAGCAAGAGGCCAAGGGAGAGCUGCAAAGGGUGUUAUCUAAAGCCAAUUCUGAGGUGGCCCAAUGGAGAACAAAGUAUGAGACGGAUGCCAUCCAGAGAACUGAGGAGUUAGAGGAGGCCAAAAAGAAGUUGGCCCAGAGGCUACAGGAAGCGGAAGAGGCUGUAGAAGCUGUAAAUGCCAAAUGCUCAUCCCUGGAAAAGACAAAACAUCGGCUGCAGAAUGAGAUUGAAGACCUUAUGGUGGACGUUGAGAGGUCAAAUGCUGCAGCAGCCGCACUGGACAAAAAGCAAAGAAAUUUUGACAAGAUCCUUGCUGAAUGGAAACAAAAAUUUGAGGAGUCUCAGACAGAGCUGGAGUCUUCUCAAAAAGAAGCUCGUUCACUGAGCACCGAGCUCUUUAAGUUAAAGAAUGCAUAUGAGGAGUCUCUGGAGCACGUGGAGACUUUCAAGAGGGAGAACAAAAAUUUGCAAGAGGAAAUCUCAGAUCUGACGGAACAGCUUGGGGAGAGUGGAAAAAGUAUACAUGAACUAGAGAAAAUUAGGAAACAACUGGAACAGGAGAAGAUGGAGCUUCAGUCUGCCUUGGAAGAGGCAGAGGCCUCGCUGGAGCAUGAAGAGGGCAAGAUUUUGCGCACCCAGCUAGAGUAUAAUCAGAUUAAAUCAGAAAUUGAGCGCAAGUUGGCAGAAAAGGAAGAGGAAAUGGAGCAGGUGAAGAGAAACCACCAGCGUCUGGUGGAUUCACUACAGACAUCACUGGAGGCUGAGACCAGGAGCCGCAAUGAAGCUCUCAGAAUAAAAAAGAAGAUGGAGGGUGACCUGAAUGAAAUGGAAAUUCAGCUUAGCCAGGCCAAUCGUACAGCAGCUGAGGCUCAAAAGCACCUUAAGGUGGCACAUGGAAGUCUCAAGGACACCCAAAUACAACUGGAUGAUACACUGAGAGCUAAUGAUGAUCUUAAAGAGAACAUCGCCAUUGUGGAGAGAAGAAACAUGCUUCUUCAAGCUGAGCUGGAGGAGCUGAGGUCCUUGGUGGAGCAGACAGAGAGAGCACGCAAACUUGCAGAACAAGAGCUGAUAGAGACCAGUGAGAGGGUGCAACUCCUCCACUCCCAGAACACCAGCCUAAUAAACCAGAAGAAGAAGAUGGAGUCUGAUAUUGCUCAACUGCAAACAGAGGUGGAAGAGGCUGUGCAAGAAUGCCGAAAUGCAGAGGAAAAGGCCAAGAAGGCCAUAACCGAUGCUGCCAUGAUGGCUGAAGAGCUGAAGAAGGAGCAGGACACAAGUUCUCAUCUGGAGAGGAUGAAAAAGAACAUGGAGCAAACCAUCAAAGACCUGCAGCAGCGGCUGGAUGAGGCAGAACAGAUUGCCAUGAAAGGAGGGAAGAAACAGCUACAGAAGCUGGAGGCUCGAGUCCGAGAACUGGACAAUGAGCUGGAAGCUGAACAAAAGCGCAAUGUAGAGUCUGUGAAGGGCAUGAGAAAGUACGAGAGACGCAUUAAGGAGCUUACCUACCAGACUGAAGAGGACAGAAAGAAUUUGGCUCGUCUUCAAGACUUAGUGGAUAAGUUGCAGCUCAAAGUGAAAGCUUAUAAAAGACAAGCAGAGGAGGCGGAGGAACAGGCCAACACUAACCUUGCAAAAUUCCGUAAAGUUCAACAUGAGCUGGAUGAGGCAGAGGAACGGGCGGAUAUUGCAGAGUCUCAGGUCAACAAGCUUAGAGCAAAGACCCGGGAUGUGGGGGGCAAGCAGAAGCUCCAUGAUGAGGAAUAAGGAGAAGAAAUGGCCAACACGUCUUCCCAACACUUUAUUUAAUUGUAUAUAAACUUCAAAUAAAGAUGAGAGCAAAAAUUGUUACCAUCA